AUGUCUGCUGACGGAGAAUUUACAAGAACCCAGAUAUUUGGAACAGUUUUUGAAAUCACUAAUAGAUAUACUGAGCUAAAUCCCGUGGGAAUGGGGGCAUUUGGGUUGGUGUGCUCAGCCGUCGAUAGAUUAACUGGUCAAAAUGUUGCUGUGAAAAAAGUCAUGAAACCUUUUCUGACUUCAGUAUUGGCCAAAAGAACCUACAGAGAAUUAAAGUUGUUAAAGCAUUUGAAACAUGAGAAUUUGAUUACUUUAGAUGAUAUUUUCAUAUCUCCCUUGGAAGAUAUUUACUUUGUCAAUGAAUUGCAAGGUACCGAUUUACAUAGGUUGUUGAGCUCAAGACCUUUAGAAAAACAAUUCAUUCAAUAUUUCACAUAUCAAAUUAUGAGAGGAUUAAAAUACAUUCAUUCUGCCGGAGUUAUUCAUCGUGAUUUGAAACCAUCCAAUAUCUUGAUCAAUGAAAACUGUGAUUUGAAGAUUUGCGAUUUUGGCCUUGCAAGACUUCAAGAUCCACAAAUGACUGGUUACGUAUCAACCAGGUAUUACCGUGCACCUGAAAUCAUGUUGACUUGGCAGAAAUACGACACCGAAGUCGACUUAUGGUCUGUGGGUUGUAUUUUAGCAGAAAUGAUUGAAGGUAAGCCACUAUUCCCCGGGAAGGAUCACGUGCACCAGUUCUCUAUUAUAACGGAAUUAUUGGGUUCACCUCCUGCUGAUGUUAUUGAUACUAUCUGUUCUGAAAAUACCUUAAGAUUUGUCCAAUCGUUGCCACAUAGAGACCCUAUUCCAUUUAGUGAAAGAUUUGCUUCUUGUACUCACGUGGAACCAGAAGCAAUAGAUUUAUUGGCUAAAAUGCUAGUUUUUGACCCUAAAAAGAGAAUUAGUGCUGCAGAAGGUUUGACCCAUCCUUAUAUGGAGCCAUAUCAUGAUCCAACCGAUGAGCCGGUUUGUGAAAGUAAAUUUGAUUGGAGUUUUAAUGAUGCAGACUUGCCAGUGGAUACCUGGAGAGUUAUGAUGUACAGUGAAAUUUUAGACUUUCAUCAAACUGUUGGUGUGGCAAACGAGACUGAGGGUUCUGAACAUCCAGAUCAGCAACUGGAUCAAAAUAACUUGGACUCAAGCAAUGGAGCAUAA